AUGGCCACCAAAAGUACCGUCCUGCCUCUGCUGAGGCGCGAACUACGAUCCUCCUCCCGAUUCUCACGAGCUAGCUUUUCGGUCUCCGCCAUUGCCACCCCAGCCCGCCAUUCAACUAGUCCCUUCACAGCCGGACGGAUCCCUCGCCGAACGGCAUUCCUCACCCCACCCCAGACACGAGCCUUCUCACAAUCGCUAUCAAGACGAUUCACAGACGAGGGCGAAUUUGACCCUCGCACUAUCGAGCGCGAGUCCGAUGAGGUGGAUGUAUGCAUUGUCGGUGGUGGCCCUGCCGGUCUCGCCGCCGCCAUCCGAUUGAAGCAGCUUGCCAACGAAGCAGGCAACGAAGAGUUUCGAGUUAUCCUACUAGAGAAGGCUGGUGAAUUGGGCGCCCACAUCGUCUCUGGAAACGUCUUGCAGCCAACCGCCCUCAAUGAGCUGCUCCCUGACUGGCUGUCCGAGGAUAACCCUUCGCGAUUCGAGGGUGCAACCCCCGCCAAGGGCGACAAGAUGCGCUUCUUGACUAAAACCGGAUCAUACCCUCUGCCUACGCCGCCGCAGAUGCACAACGAAGGAAACUACAUUGUCAGUUUGAACGAGCUGACCAAGUGGAUGGGGGAGCGCGCGGAAGAGGUUGGCGUUGAGGUUUACCCCGGUUUCGCUGCUAGUGAGAUCGUCUACAGCUCCGACGGCGCGGUGAAGGGUGUUGCGACCAACGACCUGGGAUUGAGUCGGGAUGGCAAGCCUAAGGAUACAUUCGAGCGCGGAAUGGAGUUUCACGCCCGUGUCACGCUGCUUGCUGAGGGCUGCCACGGCAGUCUGACCAAGCAGGUCAUGAAGAAGUACGAUCUCCGUCGCGACAGCCAGCCCCAGACAUAUGGACUUGGAAUCAAGGAAAUUUGGGAGAUUCAACCUGACAAGUUCAAGUCGGGUGAGAUCACCCACUCGAUGGGUUAUCCUCUUCCCAAGGAUACCUAUGGUGGAGCUUGGAUGUACCACUUUGGCGACAACAUGGUCAGUAUUGGUCUGGUUGUUGGACUGGACUACCCUAACCCGUGGCUUUCACCGUAUGGGGAGUUCCAGAAGAUGAAGCACCACCCCAUGUUCAAGGAAGUUCUCGAGGGCGGCAAGUGCAUUUCGUAUGGUGCCCGCGCCUUGAACGAGGGUGGCUUCCAGUCUAUCCCCAAAUGUGCAUUCCCUGGUGGUGCCUUGAUCGGUGAUACAGCCGGUUUCUUGAACGUUCCCAAGAUUAAGGGUACUCACACCGCUAUGAAGUCUGGUAUGCUGGCAGCCGAGGCCACCUUUGGCGCGCUGCAGAGCGAGAACCAGGGAACCGUGUUCUUGUUCGACUAUGAGAAGUCCCUGCGCGACUCGUCCAUCUGGAAAGAAUUGUCCGAAGUGCGCAACAUUCGUCCCUCGUUCAACAGCCCACUUGGUUUCUUUGGUGGACUGCUCUACUCCGGAUUGGAAGCAUACAUUUUGAAGGGCAAGGUGCCGUGGACUCUCAGUCACCACGGUACCGACGCGGCAGCUACCAAGCCUGCAUCUGAAUAUGAGAAGAUUGAAUAUCCCAAGCCCGAUGGAGAAAUCAGCUUCGAUAUUUUGACCAGCGUCAGCCGGACAGGUACCAACCACGAAGAAGACCAGCCAGUUCACUUGCAAGUGGAAGACUGGGAUAAGCACAAGGAUCUGGCGUGGCCCAAGUACAAGGGCCUUGAGAACCGCUUCUGUCCUGCAGGUGUAUACGAAUAUGUUGAGGACCCCAGCAAGGAGCACGGUGUCCGGUUCCAGAUUAACUCACAGAACUGCAUUCACUGCAAGACCUGUGACAUCAAGGUUCCUACACAAGACAUCAACUGGCAGACACCUCAAGGAGGAGAGGGUCCCAAGUAUAUGUUGACGUAA